AUGACUAUGGAUGACCGGCUUCCCAUGAGUCUAGGAUUGAAUAUGGUCUUAGAUCGUCACAAAAUUUAUAUCAAGCAAGAGAUGCUUAACAAAUGUAUUAUUAAGAAGACUUCAAAGGUGUAUGUUACUGAUUUACAUGAAAAAAGACAUCUGCAGUUCUUGCAUAAAUUUUUUGAUGAGGAUUUUAAGGUGUUCUCUAAGGUUGAUACCAAGGUCUGGAAUUUAUUCAAACUUGCAACAGCUUUGAAGAUAAUGUUUGAUCCUCAUGGAAUACUUAAAUAUGGUAACCCACACAAGAUGUUCUCGCAUGAUGUGCUCACAGCGAUUAGGCGUGAUGCACAUCUAUAUCAACAGAAGUUAGAUAAGGACCUUGUCUUGGCAGUCUACGAUAACUCUGUUACUCUUCGCGAGGCCAAGGCAGAAUUGCUGUACGAAUUGCGCACCUUGGUUCAGGAGGCUAAAGCAGCACUGGAAACUGAAGAAGUGGAGGAGAAGCCUGCAACAAAUGGUGUUGACUCCAGGAGGCAAGUUGGCGCACAUUGUAACAGGGAUCUGACAGUACCCAACCAAAGUAGCAUUGGUGAGGUGCAACACUGUUGUAUCACAGGUGAAAUUCUCAGCUCUUAG